AUGGGAAAUGCGUCCAACGCCUCAGUGUUCAUCUCCACCUUAUCGGAGAGAGAAGACCUGAUUUUUGGCACGCUGUACUUAGUCUUUGGCAUCGUGUCCCUCUCUGGGAACUCGCUGCUCCUGCUUGUGGCCUAUCGGGAGAGGACGCUCUUCCCCUUGGCCACCUCCUCCUUCUUUGCACACAGGUGGCUGUUCAACCAGGCAGUGUGCACCCUCUACGCCUUCUGCGGGGUCUUGUUCGGGCUGUGCAGCCUCACCAGCCUGACGGUGCUCAGCACGGUUUGCUGCCUGAAGGUCUGUUACCCAGCAUACGGCAACAGGUUCCCCCCCUGCCACGCCGGAGUGCUGCUGCUGUGCGUCUGGGCGUACGCCCUGGUGUUCGCCACGGCCCCCCUGGCCGAGUGGGGCAGCUACGGCCCCGAGCCCUACGGCACCGCUUGCUGCAUCACCUGGAAAGCCGCCAGCAGGGAGGCCACGCUCUACAUCCUCGCCCUCUUCGUCUUCUGCUACCUGCUCCCCUGCCUCCUCAUCCUCGUCUCCUACUCGCAGAUCCUCUGGACGGUGCGGGUGUCCCGGCGCGCCGUCAGGCAGCACACGUCCCCCCGGCGCAGAGCCCGCGGCGUGCACGGCCUCGUCGUCAAGCUGAGCAUUGCUGUAUGCCUGGGCUUUCUGGCUGCCUGGACCCCUUAUGCCAUCGUUGCCCUGUGGGCAGUCCUCGGCGAUGCCAGCCAGGUGCCGGCGCUGGCCUUCGUGCUGUCGGCCGCCUUUGCCAAGUCCUCAACGCUCUACAACCCCCUGGUGUACCUGCUCUUCAAGCCCAACUUCCACAAGUUCUUCUCCAAAGACGUGGUGCUCCUCCAGGCCAUCCGCACCCUCCUCUGCUGCGGCUGCCCAAGCGCUGUGCUCCAGCCCUUCUCUUCCCCGGAAUUCGGUGACCACCCUGGGGCUUGCAGAAUCUGCAACGACACUUUUGAGUGUUUCAGCAACUACCCGAAGUGCUACCAACUCCCCCAGGCAGCCGGCAGCUCACCCCGGCACGCUCCCCUGGCUAUCCUGGCGGACGGACCUGCUUCCCGGCCGGGGCUGAAGAGGACGGUGCAGGUGAUGGUGCUCGUCACACAGAAGAGGUCAGGCCUGGGCGCUGUGAAUGUGGUGGGGGAAGCCCUGCCGUCGAGUAUCAUGAAAGACCUCCUCUGA